UUCAAUCAGUUUUUGCCUAGUGGGUCUGGAUUAGGUUAAUAGCCUAUUGUAUUUUGCUCAUCGUUGGUCAAGUAUAACCUACCUGAAAUAUUGGCCAGGCCUUCGAUUCAUUUUAUUGCAGUCCUCUGGCAUAUAUACAUAUACUUUUUUUAAAUUAGCCUAUACAUUUGGUUUAAUUAGGCCUAUCAGAGUGAAUUGCAAUAUGCUGUAGCUCUAUUGUCGCUAUUGGGGAGAAAUGUGAGGUGAGGAGCGACUGAGGAAGAGUUGCGAAGCAAUGAUGUCAUAGUUUCAAGUAUGUGCCUUGGGAGAGCAUAUGGUUCGUACCCGCUGCCGAGCGGUAGGGUUGCUUUGUUAUGAACAGGCGGCGCUGUAGCUGGCGGAAGAGGAGGUCGCCCAGCCCAGUAUCUCUACGCCUGGAACACAGAAGCCGAGGGGGAGCCGAGAAAACGGGAGGAGAAAAGACGGUGUUGGCUGGAGGAGAAAGAAAAAGCUACGAUAAUGGCCGCUAAAUCUGAUGGGGUAUUGAAAAUUAGAAAGAGCGAUGUAGCGUUCACGCCUUUGCAGAAUUCGGACCACUCGGGCUCAGUACAAGGACUCGUUCCAGGAUCGCAGCCGGAUUCGGGUACCGGGGAUGGGGAAUUCGUGAAUGGGGAAUCGCGGUGCUGUGGUUCUAAUUCGACAUGUCUUCGCCUUGGCAGAGAGCAGCAAACAAAAUACACGAUAUGGGACUGUCUAUGGAUUCUCGCUGCAGUGGUGGUGUAUUUCGCCGAUGUAGGCACCGACAUUUGGCUUUCUGUCGACUAUUACCUCCGUCGCGACUACUGGUGGUUCGGGCUCACGCUAUUUUUUGUUGUGCUAGGGUCGUUCUCCGUCCAAGUCUUUAGUUUCCGAUGGUUCGUCCACGAUUUCAGCACCGACGAGAGCUCCAAUGCCGCCGGUGCGGCAAACUGCUCAUCCCACAUGGACGGGAAGCUGCUGAGCGGUUCUGCUUCACAUGGAGAUGUGGGCGCCCAACCGUCCACACCUCAAAGACAGGCAUCCACCGCGAGCAAGAGCAACACCACAACCAACAGCAACAGCAACAGCAGCACCGCAACCCCGACGAAUAAGAAAAGCUCGGCGUCCUGUUCAUUAUUCAUAUGGUCCGCGCAAUCCGUCACCCACAUCUUGCAGCUUGGACAGAUAUGGAGGUAUUUCCACGCCAUCUACCUGGGCAUCCGGAGCCGGCGCAGUGGGGACCAUGACCGCUGGAGAUUCUACUGGAGGAUGGUGUAUGAGUUUGCUGACGUCAGCAUGCUGCACCUCCUGGCCACCUUCCUGGAGAGCGCUCCUCAGCUGGUCCUGCAGCUCUGCAUCAUCAUCCAGACCCACAAACUGCAGGCCGUCCAAGGAAUGACAGCGGCUGCCUCCCUGGUGUCUCUGGCCUGGGCCUUGGCAUCCUAUCAGAAAGCCCUACGAGACUCCCGGGAUGAUAAGAAGCCAAUCAGCUACCUGGCCGUCAUCAUCCAGUUCUGCUGGCACUUCUUCACCAUUGCCGCCCGGGUCAUCACCUUCGCCCUGUUCGCCUCCGUGUUCCAGCUCUACUUUGGUAUCUUCAUCGUCCUCCACUGGUGCAUUAUGACCUUCUGGAUAGUCCACUGUGAGACCGAGUUCUGCAUCACCAAGUGGGAGGAGAUUGUCUUCGACAUGGUCGUGGGGAUCAUCUACAUCUUCAGUUGGUUUAAUGUGAAGGAGGGUCGUACUCGGUGUAGGCUCUUCAUCUACUACUUUGUGAUCCUGUUGGAGAACACUGCUCUGAGUGCCCUGUGGUACCUGUACCGCGUCCCUCAGAGCACCGACGCCUUCGCCGUCCCCGCCCUCUGUGUCAUCUUCAGCAGCUUCCUCACCGGCAUCGUCUUCAUGCUCAUGUACUACGCCUUCUUUCACCCCAAUGGGCCCCGAUUCGGACGCUCACCCAGCCUCGUGCUGGACGACCCCACGGCUGCCUUCACGCUGCCUGCCGAGGGGGCCACCAACUCGCUGAGAUCCAACCGUGGUGCGCCUCUCAUCUCAGGGGACGGCACCAUUGGCAGGGACGGCAAAUACACAGAGAGGGACGGCUGCAUGCCCGUGUUUCAGGUGAGACCCACCGCCCCCUCCACGCCGUCCUCCCGUGCCCCACGCAUCGAGGAGACGGUCAUCAAAAUAGACCUGUGUCGGAACCGCUAUCCGGCCUGGGAAAGGCACGUAUUGGACAGGAGUAUACGCAAGGCCAUCCUGGCCAUCGACUGCUCCCCUACGCCACCCAGACUCCAGUACAAAGAUGACACUACAGUUCAGGAGCGCCUGGAGUAUGAGACCACGUUGUAGCCCUACACUACUGCCUGGAUGUUGGAUGCCUGGAUGUUGGAUGCCUGGAUGUUGGAUCCUUGGAAAUGAAAAACCGUAACAAAGGAUGACCAUCAACUUGGAUUUACAGCAGGACUGUGGCAAUAAUAAGUUAUUAGCUCUCUCACUCACUCUACAUAUUAGCAUUGAACCAUGAUGUUGAUUGUCAUGGGCAAGAAUAGACACAAUUUAUUAGUUGAUGUGACGGAGGGAUAUAUUAAUGUUUUCUGAACAGAGUUCCUCUUUUUGGGUUUAUUUGGUUGAUGUUGUCGUUAUUGUAUUUACAUUUUUUUUUUAUUUUACUUACGUUCGUCAGGGAAUCUCUUAUUUGAUAAAAGGCCAUUGCGAACACACACAUAUAAAAAAAUGUAGCCCAAUAGUCUAUCAUAAUAAAAGCAGUGUUCUAAUGAAUGAUAUCAUGCCCUUUCAUAACAGAUCCUUAUGAAGGUUCGUAACAGGUUAUAACAUAUUAAUGUUUACCUACGAUAUCUCAUAUUUACAUGAAUUUCUAUUACCAACAUCUUAGACCUGCAAAUAUGUACUUUACAUUUGUAGGAUACAAGUAAUAUCCCCUGAUAUAGUGGACGUGUUGAUUAACAAAAAUAAGAAAAAAAAGGUCAGUUAAUGGUCCUGAUUCAUAUUUAGGAUGGUUCUAGUUAUUUCUAAUUCAAAGAAAACAGGUGACAAAGUAGUACACGCGUAGUCCGUGAUGUAAUUAGCGACAUGAGUAGGGCGUUGUGUCUGUCAUACUUUACAUGUGUACUGGCCCAUGAGUUCUGAUCUGAUUUCAUCAGCCAUGUUGUCCUAGUGCCAAAAGGUCUGAAACUACUGGAUUUUGUGGCUGUGACUGCCAGUAACUGGAUAUUAGUAGAUUCAGGCAGGGCAGAACUGCUAUUUACUUUGAAGAAGCUUAGUACUGUACAUGGUAAUCAUGCUGUUUAUAUGCUAAAUAAAACCGGAAUGUUCGUGUAUUGUGGAGAGACUGAAGGACAAACCUCAUCUUUGUUCUCGCCUGGAUAAAAGGCGGCAUGCCAAGAAAACCUUCCUGGCAGCUCCUAUUUACAGUCCAGCCUCGUCCAGCUGUGGUCUGGGCUGCCAUGCGUCCAUAUGGCUGAUAAGGAUCAGUCUGCUGGGCCACAUAGUGCUGUUCUGUACGGAGAGGAGGAGAGGAUAAGAGACAAACGAGCAGCCACUUCAGCCAAACUACUCUCAUAACUGAAGCACCUGCAGGAUCUACUGUCAUCAUAGAUGCCGCAUUCUUUUUUACGUUUUACCUAACUGAUGUAAAAGUGUAUUGCCAUCCGUGUGUGUGGGGGGGGGGAACUGUGUGUGUGUGAGUGUGUGUGUAUGCGUGCGCGCUCAUGCGUGCUUCUAAGAGAGGAAAAGCAUGGCGCAGGAUGGUAUGUGUAGAUGCUACAAUCAGUGGUCAGUUUGUCUGCAGCUAUAUAUUGUAGUGCAAUGAACUAGAGACAUGCACUUCAGCACUAUGGUGUGAAAGGCUGCUGUAGCCUAUACUCAACACAAGAUCAGUACCAAUUCUAGGGUGUAUACCACUAUCAUUGUAGCUGUCAACAUCCAACAUCAAUGGUGUCAAGAUGGUCUUUUGAGCAGGAAACAACAAGUAUUUCACCUUUUAUGCUCUGACUUAAGCCCCAGGCACUAUGACUGUGGAUGUGAUAUCUAAAAAUAUCUUCAAAUAUCUUGCAAAGGUGUCUUCACAAAAAAGAAAGUGUGUAGCUUCUCUUUCAGUUCUAGGUCACAAGCGCUUCUUUUUUAUGUCUUGUUCGUUUGAACUAUGGAGAGAAGAGGGUGACAAGGAGGAGGGAAAAAAACAAGCACAAAACUUCUGUGGAAUUAAUCAGAGCACAUUGAGGGAAGGAAACGAUGAUAUUCAAUGUGAGAGUGAGAAAAGGCCAUGGAUCAGUCCAGAAAGAUGUGCCUGUUGUUUUCGACUAGAGCAAGAUUUGAAAUCUCUACUGAAUGGUUCAGAUUAAUUUUUGUUGAAUUGUUUUUGUUGAAAUGUCUUAUUUUAAUUAUUCAUAUCCGUUCGUAUGUGGGAAAUUCUUGGUUUAAUUUGCUUUCACAUCAUUUGCCUUGUUGUUGCGACAUCACACAAAUUGUCUUAGUUAUGUCUGUUCCCUUCUGUUCUGUGGUAUGUUUUACUCAACACCAUUAAAUAUUCAGAAGUGAAUGCCGCUACACGUUCAAGGAACUCUCUAAAAUGUUUUUUGGGGUAAUACAUGCAGAAGCACUGGGUAAAACCAUGUCCACAGCUCUGUUUACUUCUUCAGAGUUGAAUUCAGUGUGGAUGAGCAUAAAUGGUGCAACACGUUUUAUUACAACUUAUGUUUUGAGUUUCUCUCAUUAACCCAGGGCUGUCAUAUGGAUCCGGCCCGCGAGCCCCUCCAAUCCGGCCUGUUGGAGUGUGUAUAUAUAUAUUUUCAUUAAUAAAAAAUGUAGAAUUAUUUCUGAGGAAAAACAAUCGCAAUCGACAUUGAAAUGGCAACAACAACAACAAAUAUGAAACGGUAGAAAUGAUAAUGGACUUACAUUUAUAGUCUCUUUAUGCUGCUCUACACCAACUCAACUCCAAGAAAACAGAGCUGUGGACAUGAUUUUACCCAGUGCUUCUGCAUGUAAUACCAAAAAAAAACUUUUUAGAGAGUCUCUUGAACGUGUAGCGGCAUUCACUUCUGAAUAUUUAAUGGAGUUGAGUAAAACAUACCACAGAACAGUCACCGAAAAGCUAGACAGUCAGGGAGCAUAAACAUUUCCAAAGGAGAUGGAUAGAGGGCAAUUUUCAGCAAACUUUGACGGCGAGGAAAUAUAACCAAUUUUAAGUGUGCCUCUCCGGACCUUGGUGAAGACCGAAUGCAGCCUGUGGGGCAAAAUGAGUUUAACACCCCUGCAUUAACCUGUCUGUGUUUUAAGGUUAAUUUAAAAAAAGCAGAUUUUUAUUUAUUUACAAUGAAGACAGAAACCAAACGGCACAGGGGGAAAUCAAGAAAGCACAGGCUUAGAAAUGAGCAAAUUAUCAUGAAUGGCACAACACUGGUGCUUUUGUUCUAUUUUAUCUUGGGAUCUCUUAUUUAGGUCUGCUAUUGAUGAUACACUUAAAGAGGUCAAAUGAAUUGCUCAUCAUUAACUAGUCAAUCAUUGAAGGUCACUUGGCCUGGUUCCAUCUCCUCAUCAAUAAAACAUGUAGUAAAUUAUUCUCUCAAUGUCACGUUGCACGUCUUUAGCUUGUGUUGCUUUCCUUUAGUCAAUCUGAUCCAUGUUAACAUGAGAUUUUAUCAUCCCAUUAUUUGCUUUCAACUGCUUCUUUCAUAUUCAGUGAGAGUCCCAGUGUUGAUGAUUUAUUGGGGUCACGGCCACAAAUAGACAACGCGAGUCUUGUUUUUCAGAAUAGUGGUGUGUCUGACUGUGUCCUUAUCCAGUGAUAUCCACAUAGGUUUCCUCAGUAUUCAUGUAUAUUGCGAAAAAUGUACAGAUACAACAACUGCUGUCAGUCUCAUCCAAAUUAACACCCACUGGACUCACCCAGUACACCACCUCUACAGUGGCUUGUGAAAGUAUUCAUCCCCCUUGGCAUUUUUCCUAUUUUGUUGCCUCACAACCUGGAAUUAAAAUUUAUUUUUUUUGGGUGUUUGUAUCAUUUGAUUUACACAACAUGCCUACCACUUCGAAGAUGCAAAAUAUGUUUUAUUGUGAAACAAACAAAUAAGACAAAAAAAACAGAAAACUUGAGUGUGCAUAACUAUUCACCCCCCCCCCCCCCCCCCCCCAAAGUAAAUACUUUGUAGAGCCACCUUUUGCAGCAAUUACAGCUGCAAGUCUCUUGGGGUAUUUCUCUAUAAGCUUGGCACAUCUAGCUACUGGGAUUUUUCCACAUUCUUCAAGGCAAAACUACUCCAGCUCCAUCAAGUUGGAUGGGUUCCGCUGGUGUACAGCAAUCUUUAAGUCAUACCACAGAUUCUCAAUUGGAUUGAGGUCUGGGCUUUGACUAGGCCAUUCCAAGACAUUUAAAUGUUUCCCCUUAAACCACUCGAGUGUUGCUUUAGCAGUAUGCUUAGGGUCAUUGUCCUGCUGGAAGGUGAACCUCCGUCCCAGUCUCAAAUCUCUGGAAGACUGAAACAGGUUUCCCUGAAGAAUUUCCCUGUAUUUAGCGCCAUCCAUCAUUCCUUCAAUUCUGACCAGUUUCCCAGUCUCUGCCGAUGAAAAACAUCCCCACAGCAUGAUACUGCCACCACCAUUUUUCACUGUGGGGGUGGUGUUCUCAGGGUGAUGAGAGGUGUUGUGUUUACGCCAGACAUUGCGUUUUCCUUGAUGGCCAAAAUGCUCAAUUUUAGUCUCAUCUGACCAGAGUACCUUCUUCCAUAUGUUUGGGGAGUCUCCCACAUGCCUUUUGGCGAACACCAAACGUGUUUGCUUAUUUUCUUUAAGCAAUGGCUUUUUUUCUGGCCACACUUCCGUAAGGUCCAGCUCUGUGGAGUGUACAGCUUAAAGUGGUCCUAUGGAUAAAUACUUAAAUCUCCGCUGUGGAGCUUUGCAGCUCCUUCAGGGUUAUCUUUGGACUUUGUUGCCUCUCUGAUUAAUGUCCUCCUUGCCUCGUCUGUGAGUUUUGGUGGGCGGCCCUCUCUUAGCAGGUUUGUUGUGGUGCCACAUUCUUUCCAUUUUUAAUAAUGGAUUUAAUGGUGCUCCGUGGGAUGUUGAAGGUUUCAGAUAUUUUUUUUAUAACCCAACCCCGAUCUUUACUUCUCCACAACUUUGUCCCUGACCUGUUUGGAGAGCUCCUUGGUCUUCAUGGUGCCCCUUGCUUAGUGGUGUUGCAGACUCUGAGACCUUUCAGAACAGGUGUGUGUAUAUAUGCUGAGAUCAUGUGACACUUAGAAUGCACACAGGUGGACUUUAUGUAACUAAUUAUGUGACUUCUGAAGGUAAUUGGUUGCUUCCAGAUCUUAUUUAGGGGCUUUCAUAGCAAAGGGGGUGAAUACAUAUGCACACACAACUUUUCCGUUUUAAAUUUUUUAAAUUUCACAUCACCAAUUUGGACUAUUUGUGUAUGUCCAUUACAUGAAAUCCAAAUAAAAAUCAAUUUAAAUUACAGGUUUUAAUGUAACAAAAUAGGAAAAACGCCAAGGUGGAUGAAUACAUUUGCAAGGCACUGUAAAAAUACGAGACUUGUGCGAGACUUACAAUCUAGCCAAUGUUCUACUAUUUCUAUCUUUAGAAAAAAGUAGUGUUGAGCUUAGGGUCAAAUAUGAAUAUGUGUCAGUCACUUUUAUAGGGCAGAGUGUCAGGAAAGGUCAAAAGAGUCAUUAUUAGUACAUCAAAAAUACAUUCCCUGUUGUCACAACGGAGUGGGAAAAUCUCCUUUGGUCUUGUGGGUGAUAAUGAUGAAAUUAUUAUUACACCAUCUGUAAAACCCAUCUAUACAGAAACACUUUUCAGGAAGGCGUCUUAUUCUCUAAUAAAAAUAAAUAAAUGUUUUAGCACAUCCAGGGAUGAAUCUCAGACUACCCUUGUUCAUCAUCAUCUCUGAAAAAGUGUGUAAAUUGUACAUAUACCUACCUCAACUUGGUUUCUGAACAGAAUACCCUCCUCUGACGUCAUUGAUACAUGAUACUGUACUGAUCUUCUUACCAAGAGCAUAAAUCCAAAUGUGAAACAAAUGAUAAGGCGUUCAGUGUUUUGAUGGUGGAUGCUAUUCUGUUUACCACUGUAAGUGCAUCAGCAAGCAGACUGAGACAACAGGAAAAUGCACUUGUCAACAAACCCGCUUCAUUGUUUAAGAGGAAUUCAUGGUUGUGACUAUUUAAGCUGCUUAGGCCUAUAUCUGUUUCGUUUGCCUUAAGAAAAUAUUUCUAUGCUUUUGUUUAAUUUCUUUCAAUCUCAUAAGGAUUUGUUUUUGUCCUCUGGUUUUGUGGUUAUGAUGAUCAAAGUGGUGUGAGGUCUCUAGGUUUAUCAAAGUUCUCUGUUCACGGCCCAAUAGCAAUGUGUUUCUAUACAGUUACUGUGCUUAUACUAUUAUAUAAUUAUCCACAAUGCAAGAUAGACCUAUUAAGCUCACAGUUUAAAUGAGAACCCUUGACCCAGGAAAUUAAAUUGUCUUUCUUGUAGCAGGUCAUACUGAAGACUUCUAACAAAAGGAACUACUAAUAUUAUGUAUUGAUUUGGAUCCAUUAUUGGGGGUUGAGUUUUGUUUUGAGGUAUUCAUCAACAUUAGAUACUAGUAAUGUAGACAAAUAGCAGUGAUGUAUUGUAUCAUACUAUUCCAGCCCUACUGUAGCCAAUAUAACAUUAGUACAAGCACAGUAACAAAUGAACACAGGAAUGCCAUUUUGUUAACUUCUAAAGCAUAGUGUACAGAUGUCAUUAGUGUCUCAGUUGCAAAUGGAAGAUCACAAUAGUAAUUGAAAAACAAACUAUAUAACUGUAAAUAAAUGUAUGCAAAUGUACAUGUUAAAAGAACAUUCCUCUCAGAGUCCUGAUUGUGAAGGGUGUCUGUUGACUGGAGGUCGCCGCCACAAGACGGCAGUUACAUAUGAUGUAAUACAGAUUAAAAUAGUGUGGUGUAUGUGAUGUAUUAAAUGACAAAAAUGCAAAAAAACUAAAAAACUGUUAAUUAUUGGUAUUUUAAGUUGCAUUGUGUAAUGAAAGUCUGAAGUGCUUGGACUGCAUUAAAUCAGAAUUAAACUAAUGUUAUUGUAAAUUGAACAGUAAAAACAGAACAUGACAUUUUUGUAUAUAUUGGAUUUUUGUAAAUUUUUAUUUGAUUCUAAUGCAACACAAAGUACCUAAAUUAAUUUAAUAAAGUACACUGUGGCCAUUU